AUGAAAGCACCUAAAUAUAUCGAAUAGGAUAUAAUUAAAAAAGUAUGUUAGGCUGAAUAAUUCUAAUAACACAAAUUUAAAUUAGUAAAUACUAGAUCUGAUCCAUAUUUAUCAAGAAGAGUAUGAAAAUUUAAUACAUUUUUAGCAUGUUUUAUAAGACAAUGAUAAAUACUAAUAAAUACGUGCAAAUAAAUUCUAUACAAAAUUAUAAGUUGAUUUACAAAAGGAAUAACGGUUAUUUAAGGAAAAUACUAAAAUUCUUAAUCGAAUAGUAGAUAUUGGAAAUUAAAAAACUUAUUCAUCUCUUCCCAAAAGAUCAUUAACUAGAUAAAGUUCUGCCAAUUCAUUAAAGUCUCUUAAUUUAUCUUACAGAAAGAAAGAGGCCAUGAAAAUAGUUGGAGAAAAUGAAAAAUUGAUGCAUCGUUUAUAGAGAACUCCUUCCACAUUUAGAAAUAAAGAAACUUUUCUUAAGGAUUAUAAAAAGUAAAGAAUUAAUUAUAAUUUUAUAAGGACUGUGGAACUCAAGAAUAGAAUAUCAAAAUAUUCAUAAUAAAAUCAGUAAAAGUUGGGUAAAAUUGUACAAAGAUUAACUAAAACUACAAAUAAUCCUAAAUUUACUAAUUCAAGCUAAAAUAAAAGUAGUGCACCUUCCUAUAAAAAUUCUGCAUUAUCUUAAUUACGAAUAGAACCAGAAAGAUAAUAAUAGAAGUUUUAAUUCCCAAGAAUUAAAUGA